UUCUUUUUUUGAGGUGCGUUAAAAACCAUUGCGCAGCACAUGAUGGUACUGGACAAAAGAUUUCAUGAGAGAAGCACAGACAUCUCAGAGCUGUUCUCUGCUCUGCCACACUGGAUUUUAUUUGGCCCAAUAACCACACAUCUGAAGCAUAUGUGUUCUGGGAAACAAUGGCAUCCCCUGCUACAAACCUGGAGGCUGAACUGAGCUGUUCCGUGUGCCUGAGCACCUACCGGGACCCUGUGUUGCUUCCGUGUGGACACAACUUCUGCCGUGAGUGCUUGUGCAUGGCAUGGGAGAGCCAGGAUACAGGAAAGAGGUACAGUUGCCCAGAGUGCCGGGCAGAAUUCAAGGAGCUCCCUGUUCUGCAGAGAAACAUCAAGCUUGCUAACAUCGUCGAGCAUUUCCAGGUCGUCAGAGAGUCGGUCUUGUAUUCCCAAGAGUCCGCAGUAGCAAUGUCUGGGCAGGGAGGUGACGGUGGACAUCGUGAAGCCCUGGGAAUUCAGCCUCUCGUAGCAGACUGUCCAGAGCAUGGACGACCCUGGGAGUAUUACUGCCCCCAGGAUAAGGCGCUCCUUUGCCAGUCCUGCUGGGAGAGCCAUCGGGACCAUCGGUGCCAGUUGCUGAACAAAGCUGCGCCACAGAUGAGGGCUGUGCUAAUUGGAGAGGUCGAGCGGCUGGAACAGUCACAGAGGGCUUUGGAAGAAGCUGUUAGAUGGUUGCAGGAUGCACAGGAACAUGUGGUCGCUGACCGGAGCAUACUGAAGAAGCAAGUCUCCGGUCUGUUCCACAUCAUGCACGAAAUGAUCUCAGCAGAUGAACAGGGCAUAAUGGAUUUUAUUGAUGGCGAGAAGAACCUUCAGCAUGCUAGACUGGACUCAUACAUAGGAGAGAUGCGGAGUAAGAAGGAUGCCUCAGAACUGCUCCUUGUAGAAGCACGGGGAUUACAGCAGAAUACCGUGCCAGUCUGGGAGUUUGUGACCUCCUACCAGAAAAUUCUGGGGAAGCUUCUGAAAGCAGACACCCACAUUCAGGGAUGCACACUGAAGAAAUGGGAGCUGGACAGAGCUUCGGUUAAACAAAUCGAGAAAGAGGGCCAGACGUUAGCAAGAAGGUUGCGCAACAUGAUUAAAGACAAACUUGGCCAAAGGCAAGAGAUUCUGCUGAAACUAACUUUGCCCACAAGGUCACAGGUUUGGAGAAAUACGACCAAGAUCCAAAAGAGCCACCCUCAGGUCAAAUUACAGAGAGCCAAACUAACACUGGACCCCAAUACGGCUCACACAAAUCUGCGCCUGUCUGGAGACCUCUUGUCUGCAGAGUGGGUAGAGGAAAGACAGGCAUUUCCCUCCCACCCAGAACGUUUUCGGCUGCACCCCCAGGUGCUUUGCUCCCAGGGUUUCUCAACAGGACACCAUAUCUGGGAGGUGGCUCUGUCAGGCAGUCGGAGGUGGGAGGUGGGGGCCACCUGCAAGGCUUCCAACCUGUCCUGGGUGGACACCUGCAUCGCCUGGGCCCUACGCUGGGAUGGACGGAGGCUGCAAGCCUUCGAAGGACACGUCCGACAGUCCAGCUUCACGCUGAGCUCUGUUUUGCAUGCUCCAGGCAGGAUGAGGGUGUGUUUGGACUGUGAAAGGGGAACUCUCUCCUUUUCUGCUUUGGAGGAAGGGGAAGAGGUCAUUCAGACCACCAAAGAAGAGGUAAAGAAACAGAACCUGCUUCACACAUUUCAUAUCAAAACUACUGGUCCCGUCUACCCUGGAUUCUACUUGGAACAGUGCAGUGUCAGCAUUCUGCAGAACAAUUCCAGUACAAAUGUGAUAUAAAUCAUACAACAUACUGGAUAAACAUAUUUACUAUACUACUGUACUAUUGGUAUAUUAGGAUAGUAUACAUUUCUUUGUACUGGUUUUAAAGAUGAAACUUUUUUUUAAACAUUUUGCAUGACUUUGUAGCAAGGCUCUGCCAGUGUAAAAUAAUGAAAUAAUACCACAUUAACUUUUUUUAACAAUUAUUUUAUUAAAUUUGCAUUUUACCAGUGAAAAUGUAUUGUUGAAUGUUAUGAGUGUCGUGUGUCAUGCUUGGAAGAGCUGUUGGAGAUGUGUAACAGGAAGCUAGCCAUCCAGCUAGCAUUGCUGUCCUCUCACCACCUCCCUCUGGUCUACUACUGCACCAUGAGGAAGCCUAAAGAGACAAUGAUGUUUGGGAGGGAGCUCCGCACCCUGGUCGACCUGCUGUUUGGCCACCCUGCCCAUUCACCAGCUGUAGGAUCACCUGGACCAGGUCCACCAGCUGGCCUGGAAGCAUUCAGCCAGCAGAGGACCUUGGCGGGAAAGCAAUUAUGACACACUCUGCACUGGCUAUGUGUUCCAGCCAAGACACAAGGUCUGGGUCCACAAUCCUCACCGCUGGAAAGUGACUGGGAGGACCCUGCACCAUGCUGCGGCACACAUCUGAUGUGGUCUCUUUCUUCAUAGUCAAAGUUGUUCCCAAAAGUUUUGUUAAGCAUAAGGUAUGGUAAAUAUCCCUUGACUGCUUUUUUUCUUCUUAUUUCUCAGCUUCAAAAUGGCUUCUUUGAUUUUCAUUGACACAACUCUGGUCCUCAUGUUGACAAAUGACAGACUUCAAAGGUAAUUAUAAGCCUGGAUACUGAAAGCUCUCUUAUAUCUGCAUUAAGGAAGAAAUUGAACAAAUCAGAAAUAUCUGAAGUCCUUCAUCCCAAAUGUAGUAGUAUCCUGAAUUGGGCUAUACAAAGUGAAAUCAAAAUGUAUAAUAUCUUUUAAUAAAGGCUGAGAAUCUGCACUUCA